GGCAAGGGCGGGGCAGCGGCACAAGAGGCAGCGACAAGCUCAGCUGCGCAGGGGGAGGAGGAGGGGGGUGUCGAGGGCGGCGCGCCGCCCGCGGCGUCGCCCGCGCCCGCGGAUGCAUCCGGGGCGGCGCCGGCAGCGGUGGAGGCGGGGGCGCAGGGUGGGGUCACAGCGGCGGCCGAAGAGGCGGCGGAGGUUGCGCGAGAGGAGGGCGCGGCGGCAGCGGCGGAGGCGGGGGCGGAUGCUGAGGUGGCAGCGGCGGCGUCUGACGGUGGCACCAGCGGCUGCGAGCUUAACGAGAGGCAGGGAGGCGGCAGUGGCAGCAAUGGUGUGGGAGCAUCGGUGGAGCGGCGCAUCAACGAGCAGGGGCCGGGCGAGGGAGCAGCAUGA